AUAGACUCUACAAAUUCCAACGAACACGAUGCCAUAUCAACGCUAAUUCAUAAGAUUUUGACCGAAAAGCAAGAAGUAAUCAAAAUUCACUUACCUGUGCAGUAUCGAUGAGCAUCCUCGCAAUUCUGCUGUAUAAAGAACAUAAAUGAGAGGAUAGAUAACCAGGGAUGAUGAACACAAAACACUCAAUCUUACAACUGUGUAACAUCUUCCGGACUAUAACCAUCUCUUCAUGUAAAAAUGUGCGUCUUCAAAGCGGUCUCCCCACUCGAUGUUCAUCCCUCCUUUCCAGUGAUAACUCCACCACCUUGAGCCAGAAGUUGUCAUUUUCCGCUCUGUUACUCAGAGCAUCUACCUUAAGGACUUUAGUUGUUGUGGAAAGGGAACGUCAUAGAGAGUUCCACACAAGCCCAGUGCUAGAAAAAUUCAAACCCUGGAAGAAUACACCUGAGUACACAAUUAGACCACUUGGAAAGAAGAGGAUUACCAGCCGGGAUCACACAGGGAGGAUAGUGUCGGGUAGAAGAGGAGGGGGCGCAAAGCGAAACUAUCGUAUGGUGGAUUUCAAACGAGUUGGACCAGCUGAGGGACCGCCUUUGGAGGAAAAGGUUCUAGAAGUAAGGUAUGAUCCAAACAGGACAGCAAACAUUGCCAUCGUAGCUGGAGGCAACAGGAAGCGAUACAUCAUUGCAUCAGCUAAUAUGGAGCCAGGGGAUAUCAUCAAGACUUCAGGGCACAUUGGCAGGAUGACAGUGGUGGCUAAUGAGGGUGAUGCGUACCCCCUGGGAGCGCUCCCCAUCGGGUCGUUGGUGCACUGUGUAGAGCUCUAUCCUGGAGAGGGCGCCAUUCGGGUCAGGGCGGGAGGAACGUCGGCUCAGAUCCUGAGAAAGGUUGGCGGGCAGGUCAUCCUCCAGCUGCCGUCCAAACUGCAGGUCAGCGUCAGCGAGAGAUGCAUGGCAACCGUCGGCAGGGCAUCGGGAGACCAACAUAAUAGAAUGUUCAUAGGCAAGGCUGGUAGGAAUCGUUGGUUUGGGAGACGACCGAGCAGUGGUCUAUGGCAGAGGAAAGGAGGAUGGGCCGGCCGUAAGAUUAAGCCCCUCCCACCUAUCAAAGUAUACAUGGACCCUAACAAGAAAGGAACACAUAUAACGGUUUAGCUUUUUAGUCACUUCUACAUGAUUGAUUUCAACUUCUAUCUUGUCAGAACCUCCAUAUAACUUUUCUUCACAUUUCUGCUGCUUAUGUGAGCCAAUUGCACCUAAUUUGAAAGAUCAAAUAAUCUGAGAUGCCCAUUUCAGGCAUUUUACCUGAUAUCAUGCCUUGAGAACUUGCUAUUUCAGGGUUAGGUAUUUUUCCAGGCUUUAUAUUGUCCAGCACAUAUUGGGCUUAAACAUGGUCUGGCUCCUUUUCGGGCCCAGUGAGUCAAACUAACUGGCAUCCCUGAAAUAAUGAGAACAUUUGUAAUACAUGUAAUGAUAGUACUCUUCCAAUUUACAUAGGGCUUUGCAGAUAAAUUGUAUCCCCUGUCAUUGAAUCUUGGCUUGCCUGUAUGUGUACGUCAGAGUGUACAAUUUAUUCUCAAUUCAUUUUUAAGGUGAUUCAAUUAGAUUGUGAGCUGACUCAAAGCAACUUUGGUGAAUAGGACGCCCCUGCCAUACUGCAGGGACGUGUUUCAUGAAAUGAUUUGUCUAAUGUGUUAUCUGACAGUUACCACAGUAAGAGUGCUUCUAAGCCUUCACGUAAUCUGAGAUCUUCACAGAGAUAUCUGCUUAAGUGUCCAGUUGUUCAGACCAAGUUCUAUGGGGAGAGAUCAUUUUGUCAUGCGGCCCCUAAACUUCGGAAUACGAUCCCUUCUUCCAUUAAAGAAGGCAUUUACAUGCUCUGCAUUCAAAAGUCGCCUUAAAACUUAUUUGUUUAAGCGGUUCUAUGAUUGAGACAGUCUACAAAUAGCUUUAAUCCUCUCUCUUCUUUGUCUAUUUUUCUAUUAUGCGCAUAGAGACGCCCAUGGGUAGUGAUAUACGCUAUACAAGCAACGUUGUACUAUUAUUAUCAAAAUAGGGUAAAGUUGUCAGAUUUUCAACGAUGAAAUGCUCUGCAUGUCUCGCUCUAAUACAAGAAACACCAGACAUGAAAUAAGUGGUACACGCACGUGGAUGAACUUGUGUGUGUGUGUGUGGUUCGCAUGCUCACCAUGUUAUCAGGCCCCCUUCUCACAAAGAGUUACAAUAGAUCCGAUCAACCUCAAGGAUAUGGAAAUCCAUUAACUUCAUUUUUUUUCCAUUUGCAAAAUCUGUCCUUUGAAAACAAAAAGAAGCCCACUAAUUUUUCAAGAAAACUAUGUUUGAAUAGACAUCCUUUCUAUAAAAUGUUUGAACAAACAUGAAUUUUAGAUGUUGACGUUGCUGGCUUUCCAUACAAGUAGUUGUGAUUGAUUAGAUUAAUCGUAACUCUUUGUAAGAUAGGGCCCUGAUGUCAACUCAACAAAUUCAUUACAGGGAUCGUCUUUUUGCUGGCCAGGGGUCUGUUGCUGAAAGAGUUGCAAUCAA